CUGUUUCAAGUUUCAACAGAACACGUAUUCCCCACUCUAUUGUAUUAUUUAUGUCUGAAUCGAUAAGGUAGACCCACAUUAAAAUCUUCAACCACAAUUUUCAUAGAUAUUUUACAUUAUAAAAAUCACCACUAAGAUUAUAAAUAAUUGAAUCGAACAACCCUGUUCAAUCAUCUCAUAACUUAAAAAAAAAACAUCAACAAAAAAACAAUGGCAGCAAGCGGAGAAGAGAAGAAGAUUUCAACAAGUGAGCUUGCAGCAAGUGCAAAGAUUGUAGCAGAAGCAGCACAAUCAGGUUUCGGGAAAGAUGUUGACAAAGACAAGACAGCAGAGGCUGCAGGUGAUCUUCUAGAUGCAGUUGGUCAGUAUGCUAAAUUGGAUGAUCAGAAGGGAUUAGGACAGUAUGUUGAUAAGGCUGCUGAUUAUCUGCAUAAAUAUGAGGGUGAUACUCCACCAGCUUCCAAACCAGAUAAGCCCAAAGUUGAUGCUGCUGCUGCUAAGUCUGAAGAUGGAGGGUCAGGUGGUGGACUAGGUGGAGAUUUUGCCAAGGUUGCUGGAGGUUUCUUUAAAUGAAAAUUAUUAACUGAUUUGGAUUUAGCUUGUUAAUUGUGUCUUGAUUAUUAUCACUUUAUGUAUUGUUUUUAUCUUAUCUUAUAAUGAAUAUAGGAUAGGAUAGGAUAUGUAUGAUGUAGUAUUGUGUUGUGUGAUGAUGGAUAUGUAUUGCACCGUAGCAGAGUUGUGUUGUCCACUUUUGAACCAAGAUCUCAUGCCCCUGUUUGUUCAUGUUUUUAUUCCCAAUUCAGAUGCUAUAUACAUGUUGUGAAUUUUAUGUAGAAA